AUGUCCUCUGCACCAAGCAGCCGUGAGCCACCAGUCAUCACUGUGCAAGGGCCCUACUACCUACAGUACAACUUACGAGAGUACGAAGCACGUUUAGAGAGAUACAGCGAGCGAAUAUGGACAUGCAAAAGCACAGGAAGCAGCCAGCUGACGCACAAGGAGGCUUGGGAGGAGGAGCAGGAAGUUGCUGAGCUCUUGAAGGAGGAGUUCCCCAUCUGGUAUGAGAAACUGGUACUGGAAAUAGUCCACCACAACACUGUAUCUUUGGAAAAGUUGGUGGAUGCAGCUUGGCUGGAGAUUAUGACCAAAUUUGCAGUGGGAGAAGAGUGUGAUUUUGAGGUUGGUAAGCAGAAAAUGUUGCCUGUGAAAGUUGUGAAAAUACACCCCCUGGAGAAAGUUGAUGAAGAGGCCUCAGAAAAGAAAUCUGAUGGAGCCUGCGAUUCCCCAUCCAGUGACAAGGAGAACUCCAGCCAGGCAGCCCAGGACAACCAGAAGGAAGCUAUCCUGAAGGAGGAUGACAACAGGAGGGAAAGUAUGAACGAUCGGGCACGUAGGUCUCCUCGGAAGCUUCCCACUUCUUUGAAGAAGGAAGAAAGGAAGUGGGUUCCACCUAAAUUCCUGCCACACAAAUAUGAUGUCAAGCUGAAAAAUGAAGAUAAGAUCAUCAGCAACGUACCAGCAGAUAGCUUAGUCCGUACAGAGCGUCCUCCCAACAAGGAGAUCCUGAGGUACUUCAUCCGUCAUAACGCCCUACGGGCCGGCACGUGUGAGAACGCCCCGUGGGUAGUGGAGGAUGAGUUAGUGAAGAAAUACUCUCUCCCUAGUAAAUUUAGUGACUUCUUGCUUGAUCCACAUAAGUAUAUGACUCUCAACCCCUCAACCAAGAGGAAGAGCUCUCGAUCACCUGACAGAAAGCCUUCUAAGAAAUCCAAAGCUGAUGGAUCAUCCUUGGGCCAUCCACUGAGCCCUACUCUGUGGUGCCAUGUGCAUUUGGAGAAAUCUAUUAUUGACUCUCCACUGAAGGUGAAAAACUCUAAGAAUUCAAAAUGUCCUAAAGAGGAGCUGGAAGAAGUGAUGAAAAUCAUGUCACCUGCUAAACUUGGUUCUAACUUUCACAUUCCAAAGAGGAGCCAACUGGGGAAGGGUAGCAACAAAUCCUUGGACAAGAAGCAAAGAGGUAAAAGGGUCUUGAAUGGGCAGAAGUCAUCGGGGAAAUCAAAGUCUCCUAGGAAAGGCUUGAAGACCCCUAAGAUGAAAAUGAAACAAAUGACACUACUGGACAUGGCUAAAGGUACCACUAAGGUGUCCAGGACUCCCAGGAAUUCAGGAGGCACCCCUAGGUCUUCCAGCAAACCCCAGAAACAUCUGCCUCCUGCAGCACUCCACCUCAUUGCCUAUUACAAAGAAAACAAAGACCGGGAAGACAAAAAAAGUGCUCUUUCCUGCGUCAUCUCCAAAACAGCUAGGUUACUCUCAAAUGAGGAUCGUGCUCGUCUUCCCGAGGAUUUGCGGGGGUUAGUACAGAAACGCUACGAGCUUCUAGAGCACAGGAAGAAAUGGGCCACCAUGACGGAGGAGCAGCGAAAGGAGUACAUGAAGAAGAAAAGGGAGAAGCUGAAAGAGAAACUGAAGGAGAGAGCAAAGGAGCGGAAGGAGAAGGAGAUGAAGGAAAAACUGGAAAAACAGAAAAGAUAUGAGGACCAAGAUCUCAAAGGGAAGACCUUGCCUACUUUUAAACUGGUUGAUACUCCAGAAGGACUUCCUAAUACACUCUUUGGGGACGUCGCCAUGGUGGUGGAGUUCCUGAGCUGUUACUCGGGGUUAUUGAUGCCAGAUGGUCAAUAUCCCAUUACGGCAGUUUCUCUGAUGGAAGCACUUUGCGCAGAAAAGGGAGGCUUCCUUUAUUUGAACCGAGUACUGGUCAUUCUCUUGCAGACCCUGCUGCAGGACGAAAUUGCUGAAGAUUAUGCUGAGCUGGGAAUGAAACUUUCUGAAAUACCACUUACUUUGCAUUCUGCUUCUGAGUUGGUUCGCCUAUGCCUACGCAAGUCAGAUGUGCAAGAGGAAAGUGAGGUCUCGGAUAAUGUAGACGAAAGCAAGGAUUCGGCAGCUUUUGAGGAUAAUGAAGUACAGGAUGAGUUUUUGGAGAAACUGGAGACAUCGGAGUUCUUUGAGUUGACUCCUGAAGAGAAAUUGCGGAUACUUGGAGCGCUGUGCCACCGGAUUCUAAUGACGUACUCAGUGCAGGAUCAUGUGGAGGCCAAGCAGCAGACGUCAGCUGAGCUGUGGAAGGAGCGCCUAGCUAUCCUGAAGGAAGAAAAUGACAAGAAGAGGGCAGAAAAAAAGAAGCGAAAAGAAAUGGUGGCCAAGAACAAGGAGAAUGGGAAAGAUGAGAAUAUGAUGGGAAGAAAUGAAAAGAAAAAAAAUGAGAUGAUGAAAAUAGAGCACCGGGUAGAAAUAGAAGCUGAUGAUAUGAUCAGUGCUGUGAAGAGCAGGCGCCUUCUUGCCAUCCAAGCCAAAAAAGAGAGGGAACAACAAGAAAUACAAAUGAGAGUGAGGAUGGAGAAAGAAGCGGAGGAAGAAAGAAUCCGGAAGCAUAAAGCUGCAGCUGAGAAGAUUUUCCAGGAUGGAAUUGCCAAAGCGAAGCUGGUGAUGCGCAGGACCCCAGUUGGCACCGAUCGUAAUCAUAACAGAUACUGGCUGUUUUCUGAUGAGGUUCCUGGCUUGUUCAUUGAGAAAGGCUGGGUACAUGAUGGUAUAGACUACAGAUUCCUCCUUCCCCAUCAGAAAAGAGAAGACUUUAAGAAGGACUACAGCCCCGGAGACAAGCGGAAGAGUGCAGCUGCCGAUGGCAAAGUGAGCAAGCUUCCCCGAUCCAUGCCUACUGCAGACCUUCCUGCAGAGACCACGGUGCCCAAACAGGGACAGAACUUAUGGUUUCUCUGUGACAAUCAGAAGGAUUUGGAUGAGCUGCUGGGUUGCCUACACCCGCAAGGAGUACGAGAGAGCCAGCUAAAGGAGCGUUUGGAGAAAAAGUAUCAGGACAUCACACAUUCUAUCCAUUUGGCUCGGAAACAGAACUUGGGCCUCAAAUCCUGUGAUGGCAACCAGGAACUGCUGAACUACCUCCGAAGUGAUCUUAUUGAGGUUGCAACUCGGUUGCAAAAAGGAGGCCUGGGAUACGUUGAUGUGACACCAGAAUAUGAAGCAAGAGUAUACUCACUAGAGAGCUUGAAGGAUUUUGGAGAGUGUGUGAUUGCACUCCAAGCUGGUGUUGUUAAGAAGUUUCUGCAAGGUUUCAUGGCCCCCAAGCAGAAGAGAAGGAAACAUCAAGGAGAAGACUACAUUGCCAAGGCUGAGGAGAUAGAUGAAGACAAGAAAAUGGCAGAAGAAGCUAAGGUUGCUUCAGCCAUGGAGAAGUGGAAGACAGCAAUCCGUGAGGCCCAGACCUUCUCCCGUAUGCACGUGCUGCUCGGGAUGCUGGAUGCCUGUAUCAAGUGGGAUAUGUCGGCAGAGAAUGCCAGAUGCAAAGUGUGUCGCAAGAAAGGUGAGGAUGACAAGCUGAUCCUGUGUGAUGAGUGUAACAAAGCCUUCCACCUCUUUUGCCUGAGACCGGCGCUCUAUGAGAUACCAGACGGUGAAUGGCAGUGCCCAGCAUGUCAGCCUUCUACUGCCAGGCGCAGCUCGCGGGACAGGAACUAUGCAGAGGAUUCUGCUGAAGAUGAAGAUGAAGGUGAGGAAGCUUCUGAUGAACCAGAUGCUGAGGAGGAAGAAGAGGAGGAAGAAGAUUAUGAAGUUGCCGGACUGAAAUUGAGACCCAGAAAGGCAGCCCGGGGCAAGCAGAGCACAGCCAUGUACUCCUCGAGGCAAGGAAGGCACCAAAGGAAGAAGCAGUCGCUGCACCCUGCCAGGGGACCCCGGCAGCGGGCUGCACCUGUCAAUGGCGCAGACAUUGAUGAGCUGGUCCUUCAAACAAAGAAGACGGCACGUCGCCAAAACCUCGAGUUGCAGAAGUGUGAGGAAAUCCUCAGCAAGCUGAUCAAGUACCGCUUUAGCUGGCCCUUCAGGGAGCCAGUGACCACGGAGGAAGCCGAAGAUUACUUUGAGGUCAUCAGCAACCCUAUGGACUUCCAGACUAUGCAGAGCAAGUGCUCUUGUGGCAAUUACCGCUCAGUGCAGGAGUUCCUCUCUGACAUCAAGCAAGUGUUCUCCAAUGCCGAGCGCUACAACCAGAACGAGAGUCACGUACUGUCCUGUGUGGAGAAGACGGAACAGUGUUUGAUUGACAUGGUGCACAAACACCUGCCUGGCCACACGUAUGCACGCAGGAAACGCAAGAAGCUGUCUGCCAGGUGCCAGGGACUGGAGGAGCAGGAAGGGGACAGUGAGUCAGAGCCCCUUGAACAUUCCCGGGGGCGGAAAAGGAAGAAAUGAGGGAUGGGGAGACUAGAGGGAGAGCCAGAGCCAGAGCUGGAGCAGGUCUUCUGGUGCUGUCGGGCAGCAGGAUGGGUUGUCUGGAGGGAGUUGGGAAGCAACAGGCACUUCUCUGUUAAUCCAACCUUCCCUUUGGCCUGUCCUAGUUUUAAUUUUUCUGCAAUUUCCUCAACUAUUUGGUCAUCCAUUGAGUGAGCAGAGAUGAUUUACUGCUUCCUGCAAAA